AUGAACAAAAAUAAUAAAUUAAUAUUAUUAUUUACAAUAGUCUUGCUAUCUAUUAGCUAUUCAUUAGCAGCUAUUGUUUCUCAACAAGGUGGAGAUAUUCCAAAUGGUGUUAACUCUAAUAAUAAAAAUAAAAAAGAUCUUGCAAGUGCAGCAGACCAAUUAAAAUAUUCAAUUAUUUUUAGAAAUAUGAAUGGUACAAUAGCAAAUAAAGGAAGUGUUAGAAUUGAUAUGCAAAGCUCUUUCACAAGUAAUGGUCCAGUGUGGCUCGACUUGAAAGCCCAAUUAAAUGGUGUCAAAGGAAAUUCAACAAUUGCUCAUGUUAUAGUUGAUGGCAAUACAAUCACUGGUAUUGGUGCUGAACAAGUCAGUGUUACUAAUAUCACUAUUGUUGCUAUGAUGAAUUCAUAUGCCUCUGGAAAAACCUGCAAUGUUUUUGAAAAUGGUCUUUAA